GAGACAGUUUGAUCAACUGAAGGGUGAAGUCUGGACACAAUGAUCCGACCACAGAGAGACACUGAAGAUGAAGCUGCUGAGUCUCGUCCUGUCAGAUCCAACACAGCAUCAAAGUUGACAUCAGAAAGAGUGAUUCUGCUGCUUCUCUCGGCUCUGCUGGCUGCUGCGCUCAUUGUUAUUUACCGUCUCUCAGAAACCAAACCAAGCAGCACUGUGCAGCCCACAUGUCCACCACCUCCUACAGUGGGAUCAUAUGAGCCAUGUCCAAAAUGUGAAGCAGGCUGGGAGCAUCAUGGAGGAAAGUGUUAUAACUUCACCACCAAUAAAUCAUCCUGGGAAGAGAGCAGAUGUUUCUGCCAAAGUCAAGGAGGAGAUCUGGUGAAGAUAGACAGCAGGGAUGAGCAGACUUUCCUGGAGAGACGACUGAGAGACGUAAUGGAAAAAGCUGAGGACAGGUUCUGGAUCGGCCUGACCGACACAAAAGAAGAAGGCAGAUGGUUGUGGGUGGACGGCUCACUGCUGGAUGAAAGGUUGAAGUUUUGGAGCUACAAGGAGCCAGACAACUGGAAAGAAAAAGAUCCUGAUGGACAGGAUUGUGUGAGGAUGGGGGAGAAAGUUGGAGCUCAUGACCUGAAGUGUUGGUUUGACCACUCGUGCAAAGUUCCUCACAGAAGUAUUUGUGAGAAACCAGAAAAAAAGGGCCAGCGUUCAUAUGUUUGUGUCUAAAGUUCACUUCAGGUUUAGAAACAAUCUGAGUACAGGAUACAGAAGGUGGAGCGAUGCUGUUUUAAUAAAGCUAAAGUCACAAACAUUUAAAGAUUCCCUGCAGACUUCUUCAAAGACAAAAUAAAACUCUUCUUGCUGAA